UUUAAUUUGACCCCUCGGCCAAGACCAAAGUGACAUACCACAACAGAGACAGCCUUCUCUUUCUCUCCAGAAUCGCAGAUUUUUCAUUUUCUCCUACUUUUCUUGUAUUUCACUCUCAUUCUCACUCUCACUCCCACACCCAACUCCCAGAUCUUCUUUUCCUUCGACGCUCUAAUUUGUUUCUCGGUGGAAUACUGAGGCAUCGCAACUAAGGGUUGCCCCUUUUCACAAAUUGUUCCAUUAACAACGAAAAGUAUAUGCAUUGGAUGACGGGUCUCUGAAAAUAACUGAACAAGUUGUUAUUUUCAAGGCAAUUGUGUUUUCUGAUUCUCGUGCAACAGGGAGCUCUUUGAUUUUAAAAAUGGGCUACUGAAGCUAGGAAAACGAGAAAUGGAGAUGGAGAAAAGGCGUUCCAAGGGAAGCUUCCUAAGCUUGUUUGAUUGGAACUCCAAAUCUCGAAAGAAGCUGGUUUGGAGCGAUCCAGAGAUUUCAAAGCAAGGGAAGGGAAAUGUGGAGAACUUACACAAGUCGCAGCUCACUAGGAUAAAGGUGGAUGAAAUUGGAGCAAGUCCAAGUAACAUUCAAAGUUGUGAUUUUGACAGUACCCUCUCAAUUUGUAGUGAUGAAGGAUGUGGGAGUAAAGGUCCUGGGUUAGUAGCGAGACUCAUGGGUUUGGAUUCGUUGCCAGCUUCGGCUGUCACUGAGCCCUCCUGCACAUCACUUUACGGCUCUACAUCUCAUGGAGUCUCUGACUAUAAUGAAGGUGCUCUUCGUUCAGUGGAUGAGUUUUUCCCUGCAGACUACAUAAAUACACUGCUUAAGCUGGAAAAGUCUCAAUUGGGUGCCAUAGAGUCAAGGGCUAGAAAAGUGGAAAACCUUCCAAUAAAGAGAUUUCAAACUGAAAUGUUACCUCCAAAGUCAGCUAAGUCCAUUCCAGUUACUCAUAAUAAACUGCUGUCUCCUAUCAAGAGUCCUGGUUUUCUGCCACCAAAAAAUGCUGCUCAUGUAAUGGAGGCAGCGGCUAAGAUAAUUGAGGCGAGCCCUCAGCCGUAUUUGAGGAAUAGAAUAUCUGCUGGGUCUUCUUCCGUUCCCUUGAGAAUUCUCAAUUUGAAAGAGAGAUUGGAAGCAGCACAAUAUACAUCAGUGACUGGAAAACCUGCGAAUAUGAGCAAAACCUAUCCUGCAAAUGGCAAGCUUAGCGAGAGGAGUAGUAAUUUAUCCAAAUGCACUUCAGCAUUCAAGGGUUCAAGAGGUUCAGAAAAAAAUAGUCCUUGCCAUUUAGCCAGUAAAGGAAAACCAGUUUCACUUGCAAUCCACGCCAAAAACAACGCUCAUAGUAGAGAUACAUUGAUUUCAAAUGGUGACAUGAAAUGCAUGAGAGAGAAAGAGAAGAAUGGAAUGAAGUCAAAUCAGCAUUUAAGGAGCCAGAAACCAAGUACGCAAAAAGCCAUGCAGCAGAGACCUUGCUCAAGUCGGAAUGGCAAUGUGCUUGGGCAGAAUAAUCAAAAACAAAAUAGCAUGACUGCCAAGGGUAAAUCAACUUCAAAAUUAGAUUCCAAUAAGCCAACAACACGAGCUUCACCUUCAGAAACUUUUGGAAUAAGGAAGACAACAAACAAGGGUGCUACAAAUGCCAAUGUUCAUCCUAGAAGGUCAAGCAUCAGGGCAACUGACAUCCAAAAGGAGUUUCCACGAUCCAAAUCAGUAAGUACUUCGAGAAAGACAAAAUAUAUCAGCAGUGAUGUUCAUGAGGCUGGAGGUCCUGAUAAUGCAGUAAAUAAUUUUGGAAGUAAGUCCAUCAAAUGCAAUUUUACGACUGAUGGAAGUUUUGGUCAGGAUGCAUUUAACAUGAAAGAAAGCAAGGAUGUUAUUUCAUUUACAUUCACAUCUCCCUUGAGGAGAAGUAUGCCUGAGUCAUCUUCCUCCACCGAGCAAGUCAACGGAACUAGAAAUAGAAUUGAUGUAAACUCUCUUGCGCAUAGUGAUAAUUUUCAUCCCAAAAAACUGUCAUUAUCUCCACAAGGAAAACAUAUGAUAGACAGUGAUGCUCUAAGUAUCCUGUUGGACAAAAAGUUACAAGAAUUGACAUCCAGAAUUAACUUACCUCAAUGUACCUUGGCCGCAGAGGGAAGUUCUUCUGGUUUGGGAUCUAGUGUGCAAGACAACUUUCCCAGUGCAGCAAGCACCAUGCCUAAGGAACAAGACAGAAGCCUUUUCUCUGACCUGUUUAGUGAUAAACUGGACAGCAUUCUUGACUCUCGUCCAAGUGAUGAUCCCGUGCUUAGCAUGAAUCAGCAACUUCAGAAUUCUGAAGUAAAUCAAGAUCCUAGCUGUAGCAGCAAUAGUGAAAGUGGAAAUGAUAUAGUUUGUUGUCGCUCAACUUUUGUUGCGGGGUCUGAAACUCUUGUCAGCGAAAGUUACUUGGAUAGUGAAGACAGCGCUUACGCCAGCACAAUCUAUUCUUCAAUGCAAGACGAAGAAGCAUCUAGUUUUUCCCAGAUAAGCGAAUCUGUAUCACUUGAAAGUGAGGUGAAGGGACCAGAGCAAAGCCCUUCCAUAUCGGGGGAUGGAAAUAUGACCGUCAAACAAAUGAGUGGGAUAUCUAGUUCAGUUGAUUUUAAAAGAUCAAGUAACACAGAACUUGAAUAUGUACAGGAUAUUCUUGGUAAUGCAAAGUUUAUGGCAGAAGAAUUUGCCAUGGGUCAAACUAGUGCAGUCAUUAUGCCAAAUUUAUUUGAACUGUUGGAGAAUCAGAAUAGUAGAACAGAAAACUACGGAGAAGAGUACUCUAAACUUGAAAGGAAGGCUAUAUUUGAUUGUGUGAGCGAGUUCCUGGAGUUAAGAUGUAAGCAAGCUUUCAUUGGAACGUGCAAAGUGUGGCCUGGAUGGAUGAUGGCAGUUCAGAGGAAGAAGUGGAUGGCAGAGGAACUGUACAAGGAGAUGCUGAAUUUUAGAAGCAUGGAAGAGGUAAUGGUGGAUGAGCUUGUCACAAAGGACAUGAGCUCCGGAUGUGGGAAAUGGCUUGACUUUGAUGUUGAAGCAUUUGAAGAGGGUUUAGAGGUUGAGGGGGACAUACUAGCUUAUUUGAUUAAUGAAUUAGUUUCAGAUUUGUUACCAGUCUAACCCCUUGAUGAUUUCUGUGUGUGCUAUACAUAUUAUGAGUAUGACAAAAAGCAUUGGUGUAAUUAAAAUUCUUGAAAGGUAACGCCAAAGCGUCCGUAGAAUAUCAUUCAAUCAAAUUCUCUUCAGUUUUUUUCUA